AUGGUGCGUGUGUUCGUCUCCGCCUGUGCUGUGGCCGGGUGUCGAGAGGUACUUCGGCACGUGCGCCAGGGGAGUGUCAAGGCCAAUCGCCGUCUUGGGGUUCGCCUGGUACCACUGCUCCUUGAACGGCUCCUGAAUAGCCACAUAGCGAAAGCAGUCACGGCCGCCGUAGCUCCACAUGAAGAUCCUGUACGUCGACACCAGGCCCACGAUGGUGGCAAUGGGCCAAACCAUGCAAAUGGCGUAGACCUCACAACGACGAACCCAGCCAGGAAGAGCCAUGGCGCGUCAGGUCCAAUACUAAAUAUGACACCGCCAAGUGAACGCUGCUGCUUGGCCUACUUCCUUGCUUCUGCUGCUGUUCAACCCCUCAGCCGCACCUCUUCCACGCCCCGUGUAAUGUGUGCUUUCCCGGAGGUGUGGGAGUUCCUAGUGUCGUCACGGCGUCACAGUGGCAGAACAAGACAAGGCCAAUAA